CGGGACUCGGAGGGCUAUGCCGCCGGCAACGGGGAGAUCCAACCCCGAUGACGGAUACAAAACAAGCGGACCUCGCAAUUUGACCACCACACCCGGAAACUCUCUUGUUGCAUUCCUUCCAUGAUGCCAGGCCUAACAGUUCACCAUCUACAAGUUGGCCAAGGCGAGCGCAUUCCCUGGCUCCUUGAAGAACUCGGCGUGCCGUACGAGCUUAAACUUUACCAGCGCAGUCCUCUCUUCUCACCACCAGAACUCAAAACCCAGCAUCCGAUGGGCGCAUCGCCCGUUAUUGAAGACGCGACAUUCAACCCUGAAAAUCCUCUCGUCCUCGCUGAAUCAGGAGCAAUUGCAGAAUACAUCAUCCACAAGCAUGGCAACGGUCGCCUUGCGCUUACCCCAUCCCAUCCAGAUUACGCGAACUAUCUGUAUUGGUUCCAUUUCGCAAACGGCAACCUCCAGCCCACCAUUGGUCGCCGAAUGACGGCGCGAUUUAUGGCGCAGAGUCUAGAGGAUCCACGAUUCAUCAGUACGGAUCAGCGUUUGCAUACCGCACUCAAGCUCUUGGACGAUCAGACGGCAAAGAACACUUGGCUGGCCGGAGACCAGUUCACAGCUGCUGAUGUUAUGAGUGUCUUCUGUUUGACGACGAUGCGCAAGUUUGAGCCAAUCGAUUUGUCAGACUAUCCUGGAAUUUUGGAGUGGUUGAAGAGAUGCACUGCGAGGCCGGCAUAUCGAGCUGCGAUGAAGAAGGGGGAUCCGGAUUUGAAUGUUGAGGAAUUGAUUAGCGCUAAACCGCCUGCUUUGUUUGAGGGAUUCGUAAAGGCGGCGGAACAAGCGAAAAUAGCGGAGCAGGUGAAGUGAGUCGUUUGGUUCGUACGGUUGCCAAUUGGCGAGUUAAUCAGAUAGAAAAGAAUAUGAAAAGAUGUAACGGUGGUACGUAUUGCUGGGGGAGACCC